AUGGCAGCUACGCCUCACAGUAAUGAGAAGAAGGUGCAGGCGAUGAGCAACUACGUCGCAGCAUUCGAGCUGAUCGUCUACUCACCGUCGUCGGAGUGCCUCGCAUUGUUGAUAGACCGCUUGACGGGUGGUAUCAUGAUAGCACCAGGCCAGAACUGGGCUGGCUUUCCUUAUCGAAAUUCAGUUGGCGACCAGCAAGACGUCUGGGUACCGGAGUACAUUGUCCAGCUUGGUGACACCAACUCUUGGACGGAUCACUUUGAACUUCUGGAUCGCAAAGACGUCCUUGCUUGGGAUAAAUCUACUACAAAGGUCAUCAAAAUCCGGGGCCACCACGUUAGCCAGGACAAUCGACUUGUCUUUCGUGUUGUAUAUGAAGGCCAGGGUGACCGAAAUGCUGGAAACGUUGACGAGGUGUGGAUGAGAACCUACUAUCCUCGGCUCGUUCGUGAGUACUGGCGUCGUUUCCGCAAGGCAUCCCGCAAGGCCCGCAAAGAAGGGGAAGGUCGACGACCCCCUACCGAUGAAUGGUGGGACCGGGCUGCCCCAGAAAUCCGACACCGGCACUGGCUCAACUUUUUGACCAACCGACCAAGAAAUCUACCCAGACUACGCUUCCGGGACCGGAUAGCUGGCGCUUUUGGCCGAUGGGAAGAUGCAGACCCAAUUCCGCCCCGGUAG